UCAUUUUUUGAUCUAUCUAUCUAUCUAUCUAUCUAUCUAUCUGAUUCCCUAUUUUUCUAUCUAUAUGUCUGUUGUAUCUAUCUGUUCUGCUUCUUGAGGCAGUGAGGUACAUUCGGGAGAAUUCUUGUCUGCAGCUGAUAUGAAAAUGAAAAGACAUAACACAUGUAAUACAUGCACAUACUUCAGUCUCGGUUUUCCUAAGUAUUCCCUUAAUUAAAUCUAAGGUAGUGCAACACAAAGUACAUUUUCCUCAAAACGGGUGUUUAAAAUGACACAUUAUUGUCAUCGUUCAUGUUACGUAAGUGGCAUCGACCUUAUAUCCGUGUGACUUCCAGAAUGACAUACACAAAAAAAAUUACGGGAAUUUGUAACAUGACAAGUAAGAUGACUAGCACAGAUUAGACAAACUUGAAACGGUGUCAGGGCGAUAGUUGAAAUAGUUUCUCAGGAUGACACACUUCAAUAAACAGACAUCAGUCAGUAGCUCUUUAGUUAAGCUCUCCAAUUCCUUUUGUUCGACCGUUAUUUAACCAGGAAAUAAAACUCUUUUACAAGCAGGUCCUGGCCAAGACAGGCAGCACACAAAACAUUACUUCCAUCUAGUGGUUACUAGAAGUAAUUACAUUUCUUCACAAUAUAGUGCUCAGAGUAUUAAUAGUUUUCGGAUUUAAUUUCAGUUUUAAAGGGGUCAUAUGAUGAGAUGUAAAUUUUUUCCUUUCUCUUUGGAGUGCUACAAGCUCUCGGUGCAUAAAGAAGAUCUGUAAAUUUGCAAAGACUAAAGUCUUAAAUCCAAAGAAAUAUUCUUUAUAAAAGUUAAGAGUCAACCACAUCCUCUUAAAACGGCUUGUUCUAACAUGCCGCCACAUGUCUACGUCACGAUGUGGAAAGAUUUGCAUAACGCCGCCCAAAUGUUCAUGCAAAGAAAAAAUAGCUAUAGUAUUGUUGUUUCCGCCACCGCCAUGUCGUGAAGGUGCUGUGUGUUUUGUUGUGAAUGCAAAACUACUUUGUUUGGCCUUCCAAAAGAGGACACGACUAGAAAUAAGUGGUUAAGUUGUAUUUACAACACUUUUCCAGAACAGAUUAACUCAAAUAUUCAGAUAACAAAUGCAGACAUGGUUUUAAAUUUGCAUAAAAAGACAGUAUAAGUCAUUAUAAUCCGUAAUUAUGUCCCCACUGGAUGCAACAAAUGCCUUGUUUAUAAUGGGUUUUAAUGUUUUCGUAUCGUCGCUCACACUGGAGGCAUUCGGCCAAUCACAACGCACUGGAUAGCUGGCCAAUCAGAGCACACCUCACUUUUCAGACCGAUGAGCUUCGUAAAAAACAACGCUAUUUUAACAAUAUUUUAAAUAAUAAAUGGAAAUAGAUUUUUUAAAGUGAUUUUAUUGAAUGCAUUUUAUAUAUUUAAUAAUACAUUACAUAUUAUGUUUGCCAUUUUAUGAUAAAUUAAUUUAUUAUACAUUAUAAAAAGUUGGUAAAAAAAAAAAAAAGUCUGAGAAAGAGGAAAGUGUGUUGUUUAUAGUAAUAGACAGACUGGGAUACAGUCCUCUCAAGUUUCCAUUCAUACUAAAGGCCAAAGACAGUGGAGUUUGUGAGGAUGUGGGACUGGACUCCUCCCACCACCAACGAAAUCCUUCCUUUUAACUUCACACGGCCCCUGAGCACACAUGACACGCACACACAGACACACAAAAACAGACAACGGAAUCAGGAUAUGACAUCAUACACAGGAACGGAAGCCAAGUAACUUUUCGUCUUGCUUUUUCACUCUAAACCCUAUUCCUAACUGAGUUUUGGAGGGCAAAGACCGGCUGAUGAAUGCAAGAAAGUAUCCUCGCAGGACUCUCUGGAUUUGCUCUUCUCCCUCUCGGAGAGAACAGGAGAGCGAGGGAAUCUUUUCAGGUUUCCCACAACAUUCCAAGUGUCUACGGCAGGAUUAAAGCCAGAAACUCCCUACUGGAUGUGACGAGGACCUAGGGAAUCAUACGAGUGAAAAAUCACAAUCUUCCAGAUCCUGAUUGGAUCUGACGACUCCGUCUCCCUGCUCAGUUCAGCAAUGGCUCUGUGCCUGGGUCAGGUUUUCAGCAAGGAUAAAACAUUCCGGCCUCGAAAGCGAUUUGAACCUGGAACCCAGCGCUUUGAGCUGUACAAAAGAGCCCAAGCGUCUCUGAAAUCAGGCCUGGACCUGAGGAAAGUGGUGCAGCUGCCGGACGGGGAGAACAUUAAUGACUGGAUAGCUGUGCAUGUGGUGGAUUUCUUCAAUCGUAUCAACCUCAUCUACGGGACCGUGAGCGAGUUCUGCACUGAGAAGAGCUGUCCCAUCAUGUCUGGAGGGCCACGUUAUGAAUACAGGUGGCAGGAUGGGGAUCAAUACAAGAAGCCCACCAAACUGCCUGCUCUUAUAUACAUGAACCUCCUGAUGAACUGGAUCGAGUCCCUCAUCAACAAUGAGGACAUCUUUCCCACACGAGUAGGAGUCCCUUUUCCAAAGAACUUUCAGCAGGUGUGCAAGAAGAUACUGAGCCGCCUGUUUCGGGUUUUUGUACACGUGUACAUCCAUCACUUUGACAUGAUCUGUAGUAUGGGAGCUGAGGCCCACAUCAACACCUGCUACAAACACUACUACUACUUCAUCUCUGAGUUCAGCCUCAUCGACCACUCGGAGCUGGAGCCGCUUAAAGAAAUGACAGAGAAGAUCUGUAACUGAAAGAUGUGGAGAACGGAUGGGAAUCCAAAUGUCAAACAUUCAGACCAAAGGCCUGAUGUGAGAUCAGGCGAGAUCAGAGACUCACAAAUGAGCUAAAAUGCAAUUCAUCUGUGCUUCUUACUGAAAUACUUGUGGGUCCAGUAAUUCAACGCAUGUUCUUGAGAGAGUAAUUGUUUAUGUACUGUAUCUCAUAUUUUGGAGCUAUGAUCUGAAAAGAUGCAUUGAUUGCUUAGUAUUCUGCAUACAUUUUUUUGAGCAUUUCACCACGUGACUCCAAAGAACCGUUUAAAUAUUUGUUCCUGAGGAUAAUAUGUCUGGAAAUGGGAUGUCUAAAACUUCUGCCAAGUUUGAGAGGUUGAAUUCUUGCUCUUUCGUGUCUGUGCCAGUGCAGGGGCAGAAGCCUUUGCUAGUAUCUUUAUUUAACCAGGGCAUGUGCAGUAAGAAACCAUUACCAUAGAUAGUGACUGAGGAUGAAUAAGUACUCAAUGGUAUUAUUCUUAUUUCAGAUAUUUUGUUCUGACAAUGUACUGUUUUUUUGCCAAUGAAUUUUUUGCAUGCAAGUUUAAAAUACAAACAUUUUAAAUGUAAA